GGAAGCUAUCCGUAUUAAACGUGUCUCCUCAAUUCUUGAGGCGUCAUAACGUGGCACGAAAGAGUAGUCUUUCCCUAGAGAGAUAUUGGAAUUAAAAGACGAAACGAGUAUGGUUUGUUUCUUAUAUCCGGAAUAUUCAUGUAGCUGCAACUGUGUUGCCCCAGCAAUCAAAUUGCAAUCUUGGUGUCAUUCGGAGACGCUCGGACGACCUCUCCAAUAAAACUUUCCUAGGAUGGCUUGUUCAUGGCUUCCUUCUGUCAUCAAAACUUUCCAUCGGAUAAAUCAACAUUUGGCCCCUGUAAAGCGUGAAAGAUCAAUGAUUCUGUACGCCCACUGCGCUUUGUGUCACCUUCUUUUCCGCACUCCAGUUACUCCUGCGAUCCGAAUCGGUUGUAAGCCCUUCAUCUGCUGCCAUUAAAAAGACAAAAUGACCAAGUUUACAUUCCAAUAUUGUAGAGCAGUACAGCUCCUCAGAGAAGGAUGUGUUUUGUGCAAUAUAGGAACAACACAUACUAGCUGCAAGUAUCAAACCACUUUCCACUUCUCUCUGCAAGGUCUUUACUUCUUCAAGCAGUUUGUGCAGCGCAUCUGGUCACACCGCUUUUUGAACGCGUCAUCCCCAACACCCAUUUCCAAACUUUUAUGGCCCGUCGCUAUUGUAUGAGAAU